CGUCCCGUCAACCUGUAUAUUUGAUUGGAACAACAUUGGACGGAAUAAUUGUGAAGCCGUUCCCCUUCUUUGUUCCUUACCGGGUUUUCCGAUUCUCCGUUUCGAAAUCUCAGCAAAUAGAGGCUCAAUCCUUAUUCACUAGUAAAUGGCAAACAGGCACACUAUUGUUCUCAUGCAGACAUCUCCGAACCGAGCAACUCGCACUUUCAUGGAUUAUGAGUCAAUAAGUCAAGCAAUGGAUGGAAUUUGUGCUUUGUAUGAGAGGAAACUCAAGGAGUUGAACCCAGCCAUCAGAGAAAUCACUUACGACAUCUCAGAUCUUUACAAUUUCAUAGAUGGCCUUGCUGAUAUGAGUGCAUUAGUGUAUGAUCACUCAAUCCAGGCUUACCUGCCCUAUGACCGACAGUGGAUAAAACAGAAAACAUUGCAACACCUGAAAAAGCUGGCAUCACAGAGAUAAUAUAUCUUGAAGGCUAGUUUCUAUAUACCAUAUUCAAUUAAUUUCCUGUUGGCUUUUAUGAAGAAAAGAAAAAGAGCUGUGGAUUGGCGGAUUGCAGUUUGGAGUAAAAAUCUACGUAUGAUAUGCUUAUUUUCCCUGAAAUCCAAAUCCUAUCUGCAGAGCGUCAAGUGGGAAACCAACUGUUGUCGGAACUGAACCUACACUGGCCUUGCAAUUUGAAUUGUGGAUGUAUAACUUUGCAUAGUUCUGUAAAUUGUACGAGCAUUUUAAACUUGCUAAUGAUUUGAUUUCUCAGCUACUUUUAGUGGAUAUACAAGUUUAUCUA